UCUGGCCGACAUGACGGAUGCUGAAAAGAACAAGUUCUUGGAUGCGCCCGUAUCCCAGGCAGGCCUGUUCGGCGAGUCGGUGGAGUCGUUUGCCCAGCAGUUCUCCGCCGCCCAGAAGCAGACGGAAGCGAUCGCUCAGAUCAUGCCCCGGCGCAAGCGACCUGCAUCUCGCCCCCCAGCGCCGGCGGCCCCGUCUGCUCCUCGCCGAGGGCGCCCUCCGGCGGCUGCCUCCGCCCCCCCCGCUAGAACGUCUUCUAGACCACGGAGAGGGAACAGCCGUCGGCAGCCCGCCCCGCCCGCACCACCCGCUUCCCGUGGCAAACGGAAAUCGAAGCGGCCCUGAGACGGGUGACCUGGAGUUGGAUGGGAUCACUCUACGGGAGACGGUGAUGGCACCGCUCCUUCCACCGGUAGAGGGCCGGGUGGAAAAUCUUUUGUUUCGUUUUGUUUCUGUUCCGCCGGCUUCUCAGCCGGCACCCACAAAACCACAAAAAGAGUGCAUUCCUAUUCCUUCUCCAGGUCUCCAGAGGAUCGAGAGAGAUGUGAGCGGGCAGUCAGAUGCUCUUCCUCCCUCUCCUCUGUCGCCAGUGGGUGUUCUGAGGAGUUCGAGCGCUCCCCUACGGAGACCGGACCACCAGCAACCCCUUCGGAGUCUGCGUCCUCAGCUGAGGAGACCGGACGACCGUUUCCCUCAGCGGGCUCAGGUCAGUGUCACACACACACAUACUGUAGAUGCUUAUGCUGUCACGGCAGACGCACCGGCAGUCCCGCCUGUCCCGCCUCGCUGCCCCGCCGCGGGUACACCGGUAGUGCCGUUAAUUCCUCUCGUACGGUCCCUGGGGGCUUGGCUUCAGCUUCCCAGUCCGUCUCGUUGGGUUUUACGCACGAUCCGCCUCGGUUACGAAAUUCAAUUCAAUCGGCACACUCCCAAAUUUGCGGGCAUACGUUUCACCACGGUGAAAGCGUCCGUUGCACAUGUACUGCGUGCAGAGGUCGAAGUCCUGCUGGCGAAGGACGCGAUCGAGCCGAUCCCUCUUACCGAGAUGAGAUCGGGUUUUUACAGCCCGUAUUUCAUAGUACCCAAGAAAGGCGGCGGGUUACGACCGAUUUUGGAUUUGCGUGUCCUGAACAAAUCUCUUCAGAAGAGGUCUUUCAGGAUGAUUACACCGAAACAAAUUUUCAGUGCAAUACGCCCCCAAGAUUGGUUUGCAGCGAUAGACCUGAAAGACGCGUACUUUCAUGUGUCCAUUCUCCCUCGUCACAGACCGUUUCUCCGGUUUGCGUUCGAGGGACGGGCAUAUCAGUACAAAGUUUUACCAUUCGGGCUGUCUCUCUCUCCCCGUGUGUUCACGAAAGUAGUAGAGGCGGCGCUAAAGCCCCUCAGAGAGAGCGGUGUUCGCAUUCUGGCUUACCUCGACGAUUGGCUUAUAAUAGCGCAUUCUCGGCGGACGCUGUGCGAACACAGAGAUCUAACACUUCAACAUCUCGCCCGUUUGGGUCUUCGGGUCAACUGGGAAAAGAGCAAACUCUGCCCUACGCAGAGGAUCUCUUUUCUCGGUAUGGAACUGGACUCGAUCGAUUUAUCGGCGCGUUUAACAGAAGAGCGCGUCCAAUCAAUUCUGACUUGCCUCGGUUCAUUCCGAGGGAAGAAUGCGGUCCCUCUGAAACAGUUUCAGAGACUCUUGGGGCGUAUGGCAGCAGCAGCGGCCGUGACACCGCUCGGGCUGCUCCAUAUGAGACCGCUUCAGCGUUGGCUUCACGAUCGAGUCCCGAGGAGAGCGUGGCGCGCUGGCAUCCAUCGUGUAACCAUUACACCUGCGUGCCGCCUAACAUUCCCCCCGUGGUCAGACCCCGCGUUUCUCAGGGCCGGCGUGUCCAUGAGACAGGUCUCCCGGCAUGCUGUUGUGCACACAGAUGCCUCCGACACGGGCUGGGGAGCCACGUACGACGAGCUCACGGCUUCGGGGGUGUGGACAGCACCCCAGUUGCAUUGGCAUAUCAAUUGCCGCGAGUUAUGGGCAGUAUAUCUGGGACUCGUACGCUUCGCUCAGGAGCUGCAAGGGAAGGAUGUACUAGUGCGCUCAGACAACACUGCGACUGUAGCGUAUAUCAACCGUCAAGGCGGUUUGCGCUCUCGUCACCUGUCGCAUCUCGCUCGUCAUCUCCUCCUUUGGAGUCAGAAGCAUCUGAGGUCCCUUCGUGCCAUUUACAUUCCGGGCUCGCUCAAUACAGCGGCAGACGCGCUUUCCCGAGCGGCGCGCCCCGGCGAAUGGCGACUCCACCCCCAGACGGUCCAGCUGAUUUGGAGGAAAUUCGGUCGAGCGCAGAUAGACCUAUUUGCGUCACCGGACAAUACCCAUUGUCGCCUGUUUUAUUCACUAACCGAGGGCAGCCUCGGCGUGGAUGCGUUGGCACACAGCUGGCCGCGGGGCAUGCGCAAAUAUGCGUUCCCCCCAGUGAGUUUAAGUGAUUUGCCCCAGGCGGUAUCUAACACUAUUGACGCGGCACGAGCUCCGUCUACGAGACGGGCUUACGCGUUAAAAUGGAACCUUUUCGUCACCUGGUGCUCUUCGCAACGCGAGGACCCCAGAGAAUGCCCUAUUAACAUUGUGCUUUUAUAUCUUCAACAUAGAUUAGAUGGUAGGCUGUCACCGUCCACUAUUAAAGUUGAUAUCGCCGCUAUAUCUGCGCAUCACUCACUUAUUAACGGCAGAUCAGUGGGCCAGCAUGAUUUGGUUAUUAGAUUCCUGAGAGGCGCUCGCAGGCUAAACCCCUCGCGCCCCCCUUCUAUUCCUCCCUGGGACUUGUCCAUGGUGCUGAAAGCGCUACAGAGUCCUCCGUUCGAGCCUUUGCAGUCUGCGAGUCUGAAGCUUCUAUCAAUGAAGGCUCUGACCCUACUAGCAUUGGCCUCGGUGAAGAGAAUAGGGGAUUUACAUGCAUUCUCUGUUGACGAUUCGUGCCUUCAGUUUGGUCCUUCUGUCUCGAGCGUGACCUUGAGACCCAGACCAGGCUACGUGCCCAAAGUUCCCACUACUCCCUUUAGAGAUCAAGUGGUGAGCUUGCAAGCAUUGCCUUUGGAGCAGGCAAACCCAACCGAGGCUUUGUUGUGCCCCGUACGCGCACUGCGAUUCUACGUGGACCGCACGCAAAGCUUCAGGACCUCAGACCAGCUCUUUGUUUGUUAUGGUGGCCAGCAGAAAGGGAAAGCUGUCACUAAGCAGAGGAUGUCUCAUUGGAUAGUUGAUACUAUCGCCCUAGCUUACAAUUUGCAGGGCAUUCCUUGCCCCUUUAAUUUGAGAGCGCACUCCACUCGGAGUGUUGCCUCAUCUUGGGCAUUAGCUCGUGGUUCCUCGCUAACAGACAUCUGUAGAGCUGCUGGUUGGGCGACACCUAAUACGUUCAUUAGAUUUUACAAUGUUCGUAUCGAGCCUGUAUCCUCUCGUGUUCUGUCCUCACCAGGGAGGACACGGAGAGCAGACUCGCAAGUCGGCUUGCAGCCUCCGACUGAGGCUCCAAAUUGAGUUUUCAGUAUGGAAGGCUAACAGAGCAAAAAUGCGUAAUGGUUUGAUUUGCUCUCUCCACUGCCUUGACAGCCUUUGUUGCGGAGCAUUGGCUGUCAGCCUUUCACUAGCUGUAUUCUUACAAACCUACGUGUUUGGCCAGGGCCCCACAUUGUGUCCCAACGGGUUCCUUUGUGAGUAUUAUUCCGUGGGGUUAAUCCU